AUGAUAUCUACUAUCCGGUGCGCCGCAAUGCGGUCUGUGCGGGCGUCGUUCCACGCCGGAAUUCUGGUCGUCUUGCUGCUCGGCCUGAGGGUCGCGGCUUCAGGUUCACUGCAGUCAACAAACGAUAACAUCUUCGCGCGCCGCCGCGCCCUCGCGACGCGCGCCGCCGAGCAGCAGUCCGACCGGCUGCGCCGCCUCGGCUUUGCUGGCGAGGACGCCGUCACCCUCAUGGCGGGCAUGCACCCGCACCUCAGCCCCACGCGCCGCUACGCUGGCGUGCUGGAGCCGGUGGGCGGCGACAGCGAGGCGGUGUACGACUUCCGGACGACGGUGGCGGCGACGGGCCGCACGGCGCACCUCAAGCGGACGUACCGCGCGCAGCCGGGCGCGCACAUUCUGGAGGCGUGGCCGGAGGGGAGCGUGAGCGUGGUGCGGUGCUCGCUGUCGCCGGUGGAGGGCGGGGCGGGGACGCUGGCGCUGGCGAUGGACGACCUGGGGCGCGCGAACGAGUGGGGCGUGGGCACUGGGCUGGUGUCCGUGAGUGGUCUGGGCUGCCCCGACGCCGAGGGCGACGACGAGCACCAGCCGGGCUUUGCACAGCGCAUCACGUCGCUGCGCGUGUCGGGCGGCGUGCUGGAGGUCGCCACCGAGACCAUGAACCCCGAUGCGCUGAUGGCUGGCGUGACGGAGAGCUUCGAGACGGCGCCCGGGGCGCCGGAGGUCGUGAUGCGCGCGCACUACGCGGGCCCCGAGUACGGCGUGCUGGACGGCAGCAAGUGCGACAUCGAGCCCGUCGGCACGGCCGCGAUGGACGCCGACGCGGCGGUGACGCUGGAGGACGACCUGGCCGCUCGCGUGUACCUGUACGCGACGGAGAUGAACCUGGACGCGCUCGAGGCUGCUACCGGCGGGCAGUACGGCGUGGCGCUGGAGACGCGCGUGCACGGCGGCGCGCUGGAGCAGCACUCGCUGGCGUGUGCGGGCGUGGGCGGCGGCUCGCGCGUGUACCGUCAGAUGCCGCUGGGCGACCUGCGUGAGGCCGACGCGAGCAUGUGGGUGAACCUGGGGCGCGAGGGGGAGGAGUUUUUCUUCGAGGGCGUGGUGGCGCGGGCGAUCGUGUCGGCGUCGCAGUUUGACGAGGCGGGCUUCUACACGCUGACGAUGGGGAGCGAGCAGCACCCGGGGCUCGGCGAGGUGGUACUGUACUGUCCGCGGUGCGGGGAGCUGGCGACGAGGACGCUGGUGCGGGGCAGGCGCACGAUCUACUUGCUGGGCGACGCAAACUCUGCUGUGGGCAUCUCGCUGGACAACGUGCACGUGGGCGUCAGCGACGUGGUGCUGCGCUACAGGCUUAACUACGACGCGCCAACCUUGACCAGAUGGUCGUCCUAUAUCGAGGCCCUGGCUGAGGUGUCGGGGUCGUACGAGUGGGGCUGGGGCAUCAAGUACUGGGCUCGGGCUGGGGGGCGGCUUCAGCGCGGCCCCUGGGAAGUGACGAUCGGCGAUGUCGGCAUCGACGCUCGCUUCGGGUUUGCUGGCUACGGCAUGGGGGUAUUCAUUGGUGUCAAGCUGUCGUUAGCCACCCUUUUCGACAUGAGCAUUGGAGGCGCCAGCAUCCAGGGCGGUACGGGCUCGGACUCGACGCAGCCGUUCACGUACUUCGUCAAGUGGGACUCAGACAACGGGCUCGGCUACGCCCGGGAGAUCGGCAGCACCACGACUACGGACCGGGAGUACAGCGACUACAAGUACACCGACCGCGCGACCAUCGACGCGGCCCUCACGUUCCGGCCAACCAUGCGCGCCGGUCUCUUCUUCAACGACGCUCUCAAGGUCACCAGCACCUCGUGGGGCGCCGCGUACCUCGAGGCGUUUAUCGACGUGGUGUUCCGCGCCUUCAUCACGCUGGAUUUCAACGGACUGCCGGCCUCGAACACGCCGCCAAGGGGCAUCCUGACGGGGACUCCCAAGUUCACGCUCGGGGACUGCGGCGUCCCUCACCACAUCGACGUGCAGGCGACGAUCACGGUGUACCCGCUGCGGUUUUUCGUGUUCUACGAGUUCGACUUUCCCCUUUUCUCUUUGUUCGGGGGGCGGCGACCGUCUUCGGGAUACUACGCGGCGUUCGAGCGUGGUACCGACGCUGACGGCAGAGCCACGAUGUUCGGACCCUUCAACGUCCUGCGGGCCUGCCUGAUUCCGGUGUCUGCCAGGAACCCCCCGCUGUUCUUCCCCACGACACUCCUGAAGUUGGACGUGUGGCAAAAAUCUCGAAGUUCGUACAGCAACUGCCUGACUACCACCGCAAAGGACGCGCUCACGGCUCGGCUGGCGACAAUAGCACGUGUCGAUGAGGCGGACAUCAUGGUCACGGUCGACACCUGCAGCAGGAGGUCGGAACUGCUGUCAACACAAAGGGGCCUGCUGCAGACUGGGGUGGUCGCGCAGCCGCCGGCGGGCAACAAGCUGACAGCCACCGUCGAGCUGCUGGCGGCAACUGACAGUGGUGCACGUGCACUGAAAAACCCAGUUGUGUCGGGGCUGGCGACCCUGACGGACUCGCAGGCGUACCAGGACGGCAGCUCGGGGCUGGUGAUCGGGGGAGCGCCCAUCCCCACGCAGACUCGAUCUGCAAUCUGCACCGACGGCAACAGCAACAGGCCUGUCGACAUGGCCAGCUGCGUGGCCUUCGGACUCGAGCUCAACGCCGCGUUGCUGGAGCGGCCCUGCAAAGUGCAGCCGUGCGUCACUUACGAGUGGUCAACGGACAAAUGGAGCGGCUGCGUGGACAGCGGCGGGCAGCUGGCGACGUGCGACGCCGGCAGCGGCGAACCGUACACGCAGACCCGCGCCGUGGUGUGCACGGGCAGCGACGGAAGCGUCGUGUCCGGCUCUGCUGCAACGGAAACCUCUCAGCCCUGCGCGUACUCCGCGGAGAGCGUACCCCUCGAGAUGCGCAACAGAUGCGUUCCGAACGGGGCGUCGUUCACGUGCGAGUGUGCCAGCGACAGUGCCGGCAACCCCCUGUACACCGGCACGCGGUGCGAGUCGGUCGUGCGGCCAGAGUGUCCCGCGCCGGGCAAGAUGGUCGUGGUUGACGGCGCGGACACCUGCUGCGAGUCCGGAGUGUACACGUCGACCCUGGAGUGCUGUCCGUUCUCCGACAUGGUCGAGGACGCCAACGGAGCCUGCUGCUUCCGGGACGCGCAGACCGCUGCGGGCCGCGGGCCUGCCCUGGACGGAUGCAACGUCUGCGGGGGCCGCGGGCUGGCACGGAUCGGCGGCGAGUGCUGCGAGGGCUACGCCGACAAGCAUGGCAAGUGCUGUCCGCCGAUCAACCCGUUCACGGGGCUGGCGCAGGAGGUCGACGACUGCGGGAAUUGCGGCGGCAACAACGCCGAGUGCGGCUACGAUGCAACCAUCACCUUUGACGUCCCGCUGGCCAGCCGCGGCCACCCAGAACUCAACAGCAGCAUUGAGACGUGGGCGGCACAGUCUACUGGCGUUGGAGCGCACAGAGCUCACUUGCGCAGGCGCAACAGCGGCGCAUCGGGCGGCCUGGACGUCACGGUGUCCUUGAAGGGUGUCGAGCGCGACGGGGACAGGGUGCUGACUCAGGGGCAGAUUGCCAGCGACAUUGCAAGCGCUAUCGCCAACGGCAAGGAGUUGCGGACACCAGGGAACGGACGCAAGGCUCCUGCGGUCGCUCCUGUGCAAACACAAGCCGCUGCACAGGCGACGCCCUCGCCACCCAACCCGACCGCAUCGCCGACCAUCGGCCCCCCUGCCGUCGUGACCACGUCUGUCGAUGUCGACGCGGAUGCUCUCACCCCCACCGACCUCGACAUCAUCGCGGCGACGUUCUUCGAGGAGCUCUCCGCGACUGUGCCGGGGCUACAGCAGUCGGACGUGACGGCCCGCGUCGUGGGCACGGUGCGGCGGCGGCUGCUGGCGGUGCGCGUGGAGGUGAUGGUGAGCUGCGCGGCGGGCGAGGCGGCGGCGCGGGAGGCGGCGUCGAGCAUCGAGACGAAGCGGGCGAGCGGGCAGCUGCAGCAGGCGGUGGUAGCGAAGGGGCUGGCGGCUCCCGUGACGAUCAGCGCGCCGACGAUGAGGAUGACCACUGGGAGGGUUUCCUCCGACGAUGGGGGCACUGCGAGCGCGGGCGGUGGCUCGUUCAGCAUUCCCAUCGUGCCGGUCGCCGCGGCGGCGGGUGGCGGCGGGAUCGCCAUCGUUGCAGGCAUCGUCGCGGCGGUGGUGAUUCGUCACCGGCGGCGCCAGUCUCAGAGCAGUGAUUCGUCGCCGAACCGGGCCGAUGCGGGCGCGGAGGAGGCCGAUGCGGGCGCGGAGGAGGCUGGCGAGGGCGCGGAGGAGGCUGGCGAGGGCGCGGAGGAGGCUGAUGCUGGCGCAGCUGGACAGUUGAGGUCGCCUGCGGAGUCCCUGGCGUCCCGACGGUCGUCGAUCGAACGGUAUGAGAUCGGAUCACAAGACGGCAGUGGCCCGCGGGCGAGUUACGCGUGA